AUGGAUUUGAUUGCUACAAAAUCCGAAGCAAGUUUAAGAAGACGCAACUCGUUUAGCGGUGGAAGCGAUGCGUCAAGUGCAGUUGUGAAGAGACGACGCAGGUGUCCAUCUAUGCUUGCGUUGAAUGAUCACAAGUCCAGUGGUGCUAAAGAAAACCAACUUCCGGCACCUACGACGCCACUUCUUGAUCAUUCUAAUGGUGUUGUCACAACCGCCACUACAACUCCCACCACCCCGACCACAGUGAAGAGAAGCUCGAAGUUCCGAGGAGUCAGCAGGCAUCGAUGGACAGGAAGAUACGAGGCUCACUUAUGGGAUAAAGGGUCGUGGAACGCGACACAAAAGAAGAAAGGAAAACAAGUUUAUCUUGGGGCGUAUGAUGAAGAAGAAUCCGCAGCAAGAGCAUACGAUUUGGCUGCAAUCAAGUAUUGGGGAACCACGACAUUUACAAAUUUCCCGGUGACUGACUAUGAGAAAGAAUUAGAGAUCAUGGAGAACACUACCAAGGAGGAGUACUUGGCCACCUUAAGAAGAAGAAGCAGCGGUUUCUCAAGAGGGGUAUCAAAGUACAGAGGGGUUGCAAGGCAUCAUCACAAUGGUAGAUGGGAAGCAAGGAUAGGAAGGGUAUUUGGCAACAAGUAUUUGUACCUUGGCACUUACAGUACUCAAGAGGAGGCUGCUCAUGCUUACGAUAUUGCAGCAAUCGAAUAUAGAGGAAUCAAUGCAGUAACAAACUUCGACUUGAGCACGUACAUAAGAUGGUUGAGAUCCGGCUCCAAUUCCGCUGCCGCCACCUCCCAAUCCCAAGAUCAGACGUUGCCGCCCGCCAUCACCGCCCCCCACCAUGUCGUGGAGGAGCCUCGGUUUCCUUUCGGUUCCAGUUCGUUACAAUUGGGGAUUAAUAAUGCUUCCCAGGACCAACAACUUCUCGACACAAAGACGUUGAUGGCUGAUACCGAUUCCUCAUCAUCUGCUCCAUCUGCGCUAAGCCUCCUGCUUAGGUCAUCCAUGUUUAAGGAACUGGUAGAGAAGAAUCUGAAUGCAGGGAACGAUGAAGAACAAGAGACAAAGGUGGUGAUGAAAAGCGAAGGGAAUGAAUUCCGAGGGAUGUUUUUCAAUGGGAUGUGUCCUUCCAAGGUCGGAAUGGAAUUGAAUGAGGACGAAGACGAAGACGAGAAAAAUGAAUUGCCGCUGUUUAGGAAUCCAAACCAAUCACUGUGGAAUGGUUCCCGCAACAUUAACAAGUCUUCCAGGCAUUAG